ACUCAUCACAUCAAUGACAUUUUUUAGAAAGUUAACACAAAAAUAUUUCCCCCUUAAAUCUUCUAAAAGUCAAAAUGAGAAUAUCUCGGAGAAUUAAAGAACUCCAUCUACAUAUAUUAAUACUCCGUAUAUGUAUCAAGUAUUACAUUAUCAUCCAUCGAAGAAUUAGUUGUGAUCGGAGACAGAAGGAGAGAUGGCGGAGGAAGUGAAAAACAAGCAGGUUAUACUGAAAAAUUACGUGACCGGAAUUCCGAAAGAGUCGGACAUGGAAAUCCGCACAACCACCGUUAAGCUAGAGCCCCCGCCGGAUUCCGACGGCGGCGUAUUCGUCAAGAAUCUCUACCUCUCAUGCGAUCCGUACAUGCGGACUCGCAUGCAUCUUUCCGACGGCGGCUAUCUUGGUGUGGAUAGCGCAUUCAAACCCGGCUCGCCAAUAGAGGGUUUGGGUGUGGCUAGAAUAGUAGAAUCCGGGAGCCCGGGGUUGGAAAAAGGAGAUUUGGUGUGGGGAAUCACAGGAUGGGAGGAGUACAGUGUAAUGAAUGUGAAGACGCUCUUUAAGAUCCAUCACACAGAUGUUCCACUUUCAUAUUACACUGGAAUUCUAGGAAUGCCUGGUGCCACGGCGUAUUUUGGAUUGCACGAGGUUGGUGCUCCAAAAAAAGGCGAGUCUGUGUUUGUUUCAGCAGCGUCUGGGGCAGUGGGUCAACUUGUGGGACAAUUCGCCAAGCUCUUAGGUUGUCAUGUGGUUGGUAGUGCUGGAUCCAAGCAAAAGGUUGAAAUGUUGAAGAACAAGUUUGGGUAUGAUGAUGCAUUUAACUACAAAGAAGAGAAGGACUUGAGUGCCACUUUGAAAAGAUGCUUCCCCAAAGGAAUCGAUAUUUACUUCGAAAACGUGGGAGGAAAGACGCUAGAUGCAGUGCUUCUCAACAUGAAUCUCCACGGGCGCAUUAUCGUAUGUGGAAUGAUCUCACAAUACAAUCAAACGAAAGGACCUGAAGGCAUUCAUAAUCUGAUGACUCUCAUCAGUAAAAGGAUUCGCAUGGAAGGGUUUAUGGUUGGUGACUACUAUCAUCUCUACCCUAAAUUUCUUGAAACGGUUCGUUCGUAUAUUAAAGAAGGGAAGAUUGCGUAUGUGGAAGACAUUGCAGAAGGUCUUGAGAGUGCUCCUAACGCUCUGAUCAAGAUCUUUACUGGCGCAAACGUUGGGAAGCAACUUGUGGUUGUUUCUCACAAAUAACUUUUAUUUUUAUUUUCGGAAUCCAUGGCCGGUCCCGUGAAUGAAUAAUAUCUGCUAGUUUCAUUCCCAACGUUAUUUGUGUUUUUUUAUUCUAAGAAUAACUCAGCACGGUGUUAAUGUACUAUAUUUCAUUUUCUGUCUUUCUAUUCCAUGCUUUCACAUUUUCAAAUAGCUUGAAGAAAGAAAACAAUGUGUU